GGCCUAAGAUCGGUGGUCGAGCACGUGGUUUCCAAUUUAAAAUUGAAUGAGCGCGAUUUUUCAAGCUAUUUCAUGGUUGUGUAGCUGUCUUCGUAAUAAGGAUAUAUUGCUCUCUAUGAAUCAUAUAAGAUCCUGUAACGCUCAUUAUUCUUACAUGAUGAGACAGUAUGCAACUCAAGUCUUUAUGUGUUUUGUGUAAAUAUUGCUGCUCUUGAAAACCAUAUUGAACGCAUAUUGUGUUGUAGCUGUAGGUAUGUUUACUUGUGUUUACUAUAGCUGAUAAAAACCCACUACUUGGGAGAAGACUCAGAGCAAAUAAUCCAACAGGCUCUCUUCAGAGAGUACAGAACUUUGGGUGUUACUCGAGGCCGAUAGUCAGUCGGUACGUUUGCAGUCCUGAGAAUUAGUAUUUAAGACGCUGCUCGGUGAACCGGUUUGUUUUGUUCCAUCAUUCCACAUUGCAGGCAUUAUAUAAAUAGAUAUACCCAUUGCUUUCUUCUGUCGAGUACCUUAAAAAACGCUACAUAGUGCAUUCAUUACUGGAAAUUAGAUAGCUGAAAUAUUAUAGUGCUUUGUGGUUGGACUAUUGCUGUUGAAAAGUGUUAGCUUCGUUGGUGCAAACAUAGUGCUGAAGUGUUCUUAUUAGAGGAAAAAACACAUCUAUUCUAUCUGUCUAGUGCGUAUGCUUUCUACGCUUUGUGAAUGGUUCAAUCUUAUCUGCCAAGGUUACAAUAUUCGGAAAGGCUGUGAAAAGUGAAAUCAUCGUCGUCAUUCAUUGACAUAGAGGCUACAAAUCGAGCUCUUCGUUUUGGAGAUUAGCAAUUCGAUUGCGUUGUCUGUGGAGUCGUAUCAGGCAAUACAUCAUCGUAAAACAUCUAAUACAUACUGCAAGCAGCACCACAUCAGACGUUCAAACAAAUCGAACAAAAAUGCUAUCGCACCUACUGAAGGGAAGUGCCAACGUUACCGUCAGCACCGGAAAUGUACUGAACGUGAGCGAUCUUCGGAAGAAAGCUGGCCAGAAACCAACCGAUGAGUUGGUGGACUGUUUGCGGGCGACAUUUGCGGAGGCGGAGGUUGUCGAGUCGGAUGGGAUUCAUGUGGUGACCCGGAAGAACAAUGACCUUUCGGAAAAGAUGAACGAACAUACGCGGACGGAUAUUAAAGUCGGCGCGAAAAUUUUCCUGAACCACUAUUCCGAAACCUGUCUGACGGAGGCUGUGGAGAAAUUGUUAGAAACCUUGAACGUAUCCUACCUGGACAAUCUGAUUUUGGCUUUCCAUCCGCGGGCGGUGGAAAGCAACGGCGGGGACGAAGUCAACGGAGAAGUGAAGGAAGGCGUCAUCGAGUGGGCUGUCGGUAGCGACAAUGCCGUUGGAAAUCUGCGAAAGCUGUGGAGCAUCCUGGAGAAGUAUUCGACGGAUAAAAAGAUUGGCCAGCUGGGCAUUGCGGAUUUGGAUGUGGACUCGUUGAAGGACUUGUAUGAGGGUUCUACAGUGCAUCCGUCGAUCACGCAAAUCAAUUUGGCUGCCUGUUGCGUGGUUCCUCCGCAGUUGCAGGAGUAUUGCAGCAAGAAUGAAAUUCAGCUGCUAACCCACAGUGAUCCACAAGAACUGCUACCGCGUCAAAUGCUGGACGAUUUGGAGCUGAGCGCAUACCGGGCAGCGUGGACCACCCGUUACCAGGUGCACAUCAAAUGCCGAGGGGUAUUGGCGGCCAAAGGCUUCAUCGUCAGUCUGUCUCAUAAGUAAUGCCGAAAAUCGCGAAUAUAUUUCUAUCGAAAACCAAACAUUCAUAGCAUCCAUGUGGAUAGGUCGAACGGUAUCCAGUAGGUUAGUUGUGGCUUAGCUUGCAUGAAACGCCAACCGGAUGCUUAACUAUCACUCAAACCUAGAACUGUUCAACGAAAACUUUAAACCGCUAAGAAUAUUAAUCAACCGACACGAAAGGUGAUAGUUAGCAGGAACACGCUUUCAAUGGCAUUAAUGUAUCGAUGUUUCGCACUAGUAGCAGGCAGCAUAAGCAAGAAGGGCACCCGCGCUUACAUUUCUGGUAAUCACUGUCAUACGCGUACAACAUUCUCACCAUUGUCGUAUACAAGUGAGCGAUGGCGAAAAUAAGUCGACACUGGAUCGCACUAUAUACGUAGUCGGCAUGUCGGGUUUGUGUCCUCACUACUUGUGUGUUCAAGGCGUCGUUGAAUGCAAACGAAAUAAGUUGUUUAAUGGAAGAAUAUAUACCUCUACAGGAAGUAUCGACGUUAACGAGCACUAGGUUGCAGUACUGUAUUUAAUACAAAAUUCAGAGAAGAACAAAUGUAGAAGACUAUGUGAUGUAGGCAUUAUAUACAACUAAUAAACUAUAUGAAAUAAGAUGGCAGAUAUACCACACGGUGGACCGAACAUGAUAGAACGAUAGGCUUAGGAAAGAGAAAUGCAUAUAAAUUUGAAAUACUUUUUAACAAUUAAUGGGCGAUCGAUAUAUAUUUUGCAUUGACGAUUUUGUUAUUUUUGUGGAGGUUAUGUUAAAGCAUUUCUUCUUAGUUGUCGGUAAGAAUAGUAUGGUUUAUGUAUCUUGUUUAUCACAUUGCAUUGUUAAUUUUGAAGGUUUACUUAUAUUUUAUGCUGUUCAAAGUAAAAAUAGAUAUAGACGAAAAGAUUGAAAGGAAUGGAAUAAAUGGCGAUUAUGCCUGAACGAAAAAAAA